AGACGAAUAUGGCAGCGGAGUAGGCGAGGUUUGUUCAACGUCAAUAGGAAGAAGAACGAUUACAGAAUCAGAGAGAAGCAUGAAAUCCUCUUUACUAUGUAGAAGCCCUUAAUGUCAAGUAACAUACCCGCUCUUAUUAUUACCAGGUAGGUUAUUAUUAUUUUCUUCAUGUAUUUUCAUCCUGGCGACCAGACAAUCUCAACCCCCCUUGGCUGGUGCCAAUUCAAAGCUUAAAUAAUAUGGUAGUUAGGAGUAGUAAACUUCCAUACGCAUUAUCAUGAUCGUAUAAGUAACUUAGUUAGAGAGUAUUACAGAAUUGCGUAAAGUAGAACACGAGCUUUUAUGACAUGAUGAAGGUUAUGCUGAGGUUAACACUGGUGACCCGGUUUCGUCGUCAGCAUCCUGGACAUUCCCCAGGUCUCACUCCUUGUAACUUGUAAGUCAGGGUUCCUACCGUUACAGGCGUGCUUUUUGUUUUUCUCUCUCGUUUAUCCGCUACGACAACAUGUCAACAUGCCUGCGAUUGACAACUUCUGAGGCAUCUGGCGAUGUCAAGAAGUGUCCAAUUAAAUGAUGCAUAUUGCUUUGGCCGCUGUUAAAUUAUGUACCUAUUUUUAUAUUUCAAUGCUUUCAUGCGUACUGCUGCCUGAGGUCAUCACCAUCCGCAUAAGUUUCCUCUCUGAGGUUAGGGGACGGUUUUACCACUGCGUUACCUACGGUACUGGUCAAACUGGGGGACGCUGGGGGAUGAGAACGGAUAGGAGGAUGUCGGUGGCUGCGAGACAGAUUUUAAUAACUCGACACAAGUCAUUGUCUCUCCCAUAAAAGCAUACUUACCUACCUUCGUACCUAUGGACAUACUAGUAUUGUACAGCCACACAGUGCCGUACUUGAUAUUUGGCCAAGUCUCGCCAGGGACAGAACGGUAUUAGCGUUACUCUUCGUCUGGAGAUCGUGUAUUGUACUUAUUCUACUUUGAUAUUACUAUUACUCAUUUCUUAUACCAGAGCACAACGCCAUUCGACGGAGACGUUUGCCUCUUUCGGUGCUGCUAACCUGAGUCAGGAUAGUCACAUCGGCCUCUCACAGUGUCCCUUUUAUUUUUUCUUCUCACAUCCUCGCCAGGUUCGCCAGGUUCCUGUCUCGUCUCUCGCCCUCUGUGCCCUGCCAACCCUAGCCUUCUUAGCCUUCUUAGCCUUCUUAGGGCCUUUACGCCGCUCUCAUUUCCCUUUCCCCCUUCCUACUAGGUACAUAGUAAUUCCUACUAGCCGGGAAACACCCUCCUCUGUUGUCCUCUUGUCUCCAUGUGUCUUUUAGUCCUAGCUCGACCCAUUCACUAAAUCCAACCAUCCCAUCCGCCCCAUCCCAUUCUCCAUCUUUUUUUCUCCUACCUGGCUACUUGCUCCCUCUUCUUCCCGGUUUUCUUUGUUGUUCUAGUGUCGUGACCUUGCCUUCGACGACCAUCUCUCUUCUGUUUUUUUUUUUUUGUUUUUUUUUUUCCCAAAACCUCUCAUUCUAAAUUAUCGUGAUAAAAAGUCCUCCAUUUCA